AUGCCCACCAAAAAACUCAAAGCAUUCAGAGUUAUUGUGGAUGCAAAUACCCAAAAUAGAUAUUUAGUUGAUAAAAUAUCCAAAGUAAAUGACAAACUUUUUGAACUUCAGGAAAAAACAAAAAAAACGCUGUCAAUAUUGUCAAAUGCUACAACAUCAUCAAAUGCUACAACAUCGUCAAAUGCUACAAUAUCAUCAAAUGCUACAACAUUGUCAAAUGCUACACCACCAUCAAAUGCUACAACAUUUGAGAACACACCAUGGAAGGACCACCAAAAUGAAGUAGCAUGUUAUAUUUGUCAUUUUUAUGGUCAUGGGGUAUAUGAUUGUCCUAACAUUAAGGAUGGCUUUAAUAAUGCAUGUUUAAAAUGCUUUCAGUUUGGGUAUUACAGUAAAGAAUGCAGAAAUACAAAAGUUGAAAUACCAUUUAAAGAUGGAUAUAAACAUCCUG